AUGAAUAAUGUUUUUAGCUUUUCUAUUCUUGGUAAAUUAAAUAUAAGGACUCAACUGAAUUCGGCUCAUCGCAAUGAUCUAAUUAAACACAAUAAUCAAGUGGAUAAGAAUCGAUAUGUAUUGAAUAAAAUUAUUAAUUGUAUAAGAUUUUGUGGAGCAUUUAAGUUAGCCUUAAGGGGUCAUGAUGAAAAGGAAAAUUCGGAAAACAGAGGCAUAUUUAAGGAGCUGGUGAAUUUUAGCGCCGAAUUAGACAACGAAUUGAAAGUCCAUAUUCAAAGUGCCAAACUUUUUAAGAGUACCUCAAAAACAACUCGAAACGAGCUUCUUGAGUGCAUGCUAGAUGUUUAUCAUGAAGAAGUUAAGAAGGAGAUUGCAAAUUCUCCUUUUGUUGCAGUAAUUGCCUAUGAAACGACGGACGUAGCCUGUGAAUUUCAAUAUUUGGACAAAGGACAACCAGUUGAGAGAUUUUGGAUAUUUUACGUCCCCGACGGACACGAUGCCAAAUCAAUCGCUGCAUGCAUUUUAAAUCCAUUACUAGAUCAAAAUCCAAACAAAUUAAUAGCUCAAAGCUAUGAUGGUGCGUCUGUUAUGAGUGACAAAAACAGGCUUAAAACUGAGUUACAAGUAUUAUAUCAGAGAGAAGAAUUGAGUACUACUUCUGGAGCUGUUCCACUAUCCAUUUUAUUGAACGAGGAAGGAUUAAAUUGUACGUUUCAAGAAACUCUUAAGCUCUUAAGUAUUUUAAUCAAUAUACCGAUGUCAACAUCUGAAGCAGAACGCUCUUUUUCUAUGCUGAAACGGAUUAAAACUUUCCUCAGAAACACAAUGAAGGAAGAAAGGCUUAGUGCUUUAGGAAUGCUGUCUGCAGAAAAACAUUUUGUUAGUGGCAUUGAAAAUUUUAAUAAGAAGGUUUUAACAGUUAAUUUGGUCUACUCGAAGUCCAUGUUAGCAGAUAUCAACAAAUCGAUAGUCGCCCUUAGCUUAGUAAAGUCUGGAGUUGUUAACCGCUUAAAUUUACCAGUUGCCCCGGACGAUCAUAGGAUCAUCACGGACAUAUCCGGAAACGUUAUCCAGAAAGGAGGAUCAGCGAGAGUACGAUUCAACCUCGGAUGUAUAGAAAUGGAACACUAA